AUGGCACCUUCCACAUCCUCAAAGUCGUCCAGAUCUUCAAGAUCAUCCAGAUUGUCCAGGAGAUCCAAAACCCCGCGCACCCUGUCAAUGACCGAGAAGAACAUCCAGCGCCGCCAGAUGUACAGGAACCGAAACCCUGAGAGCAAGCGUCGUGAAGCUUUCCGCCUGAAGCGCCAACACACCAUAUAUCAAGGGAAAAUAUUGAUGCAAUGCACUGCUUGGAGCUUGCUCAAGCAGGAGCAGCAGAUUUCUCUGCUUUGCCAGGUUGAGGAGGAAAUUCGGGAGUUGUUUGCCUUCUUCGUCCAGAAUACGGAAGAAUACGAAGGACCGGAGGACGUGCCGGGCCCGAAGCUCAUCGCGCAGGAGGCAGUGAAGAAGGUGCUUGGCGACAACACACAUCUCUUUGGCUUUGGCGCGGACGAGUCGGUGCCCUCAGAGCUCACGGAAUGGAUAUGA